AUGUCUUCCGCUGCGUGUAUCUUCUGCAAGAUCAUCAAGGGUGACAUCCCUUCCUUCAAGCUCUACGACAGCGAGAAGGUCUUUGCUUUCCUUGACAUCGGUCCUCUGAGCCGUGGCCACGCGCUCGUGAUCCCCAAGUUCCACGGCAAGAAGCUCACCGAUAUCCCCGACGAGGACCUCCUCGAGAUCCUGCCCGUCGCGAAGAAGGUCGCUCAGGCUAGCGGUGCUGAGGACUUUAAUAUUUUGCAAAACAAUGGUCGCAUUGCGCACCAGGUUGUUGACCAUGUCCACUUCCACAUGAUCCCCAAGCCCAAUGAGACAGAGGGUCUCGGUGUUGGCUGGCCUUCCAAGCCCGCGGACAUGGACAAGCUCAAGGCUCUCCACGAGGAGCUCAAGGCUAAAAUGUAA